GCAGGGCUGGUUGUUUUGCUGUGGCCGCUGGAGGUGAGUGAGGGGAAGCAGCCGCCGAGUAACCGCACGGCAAACCCGGCCCGUCACCCACAGGCACACACAAGGUGAUGGUUUUCUGUAGUGUCUGGUCUGGAUGAUGCUUGUGAAAUCGGCUCUGGCUGUUGAAUAACUUGGGAGCACACCCUGCAGGACAAUCUAAAAGUGAUGUCUGGUGUUUGCCCCUUAGCUUCUCGCCGGGCUAACAAACGGAGGGCACGAGGCAUGUCUGCCCAGAAAGAAACGCGGGAAGCCGGUGGUGGAACUUCAAGCAACACUGAGCAGAGAAAUCAAGUGGAGUUAACUGAACUGGGACCUCUGUUGGAGAGCAAAUCUGAAGGGCCAGCUGGUAGCAAGACACCUUCUGGAGUCUCAGUGCAGACAGACUCGGUGGCACAGAAUGAGGAGGAAGAGGAGGAGGAGGAAGUGGUGGGGAUACUCACUCUUCCUCUUCAGGCUCAUCAUGCGAUGGAGAAGAUGGAGGAGUUUGUGUACAAGGUGUGGGAGGGGCGUUGGCGAGUCAUUCCUUAUGACGUGCUCCCAGACUGGCUGAAGGACAAUGACUACCUCCUGUAUGGACACAGACCCCCCAUGCCAUCAUUCCGAGCCUGCUUCAAGAGCAUCUUCAGAAUCCACACCGAGACCGGCAACAUCUGGACACAUCUGCUCGGCUUCGUGCUAUUCCUGUGUCUGGGAAUCCUGACCAUGCUGAGACCCAACGUGUACUUCAUGGCUCCGCUGCAGGAGAAGGUGGUGUUUGGAAUGUUUUUCCUGGGAGCUGUGCUCUGCCUCAGCUUCUCCUGGCUUUUCCACACCGUCUACUGCCACUCCGAGAAAGUAUCCAGAACAUUCUCCAAGCUGGACUACUCUGGCAUUGCACUGCUGAUCAUGGGGAGUUUUGUGCCAUGGUUGUAUUACUCCUUCUACUGUUCGCCUCAGCCUCGGCUCAUCUACCUCGCCAUCGUCUGUGCUCUGGGAAUCUCGGCCAUCAUUGUGGCUCAGUGGGAUCGUUUCGCAACCCCCAAACACCGGCUGACACGAGCAGGAGUUUUCCUGGGACUUGGCCUGAGUGGGAUCGUGCCCACCCUACACUUCACCAUUGCCGAGGGCUUUGUGAAAGCAACCACGGUGGGCCAGAUGGGAUGGUUUUAUCUAAUGGCUGUAAUGUAUAUCACCGGAGCUGGAUUAUACGCAGCCCGCAUUCCAGAGCGCUUCUUCCCCGGAAAAUGUGAUAUUUGGUUCCAAUCACACCAGCUAUUCCACGUCCUGGUGGUAGCAGCUGCCUUCGUUCACUUCCACGGUGUUUCCAACCUCCAGGAAUUUCGUUACGGACUUGAGGGAGGCUGUACAGAUGACACUCUGCUCUGAAGCCUGGACUAUUACAGACCUCUCUUAUGACGAGACCCAAGUGCAUUGAACGUUUUAUUUUAUUUUAUUUUUCCAAAUGAAUAUAGAUGACAUCUCUCGCCCCUCCUUACCCUCCUCUCCAAAAUAUAACACUUGGUUGGUAGUCACUUUACAAUUGGUGAGGGUGAAUGUUAGCUACGUGUAGCCCAGGUAAAGCGCCUCGCUCCUUAGGCCCAAAACUGGGCUCAAACUCUUGUCUGCCACCUGUUCUUCUCUGUUCUGUUCUGAAGAAUAAAAAUGAGACGUGGUUUAGUGCUGGGCUCCCGCGCUCCGGUUGGGAGCUGUCUGUUCCCGAGCAGUGCCGGAGUCGGGCUGGUACUGCCCAAAACACACAGUUUAGGUGCUACACACAUUGAGGUCCAUGUAAUUUUACUCUAUUCAUUCAGCAGGUCAAGUCAGUCUCUGCACCAAGGGCUGAGACUGUGAGUCAGUGGUAUUAUAGUUCUGAUGUGUGAAGCACUUUAUAGCUGAUGAAUGCACAUCUUGCACAGUAUUUAUUUUAGGCUUUCUUUUUUUCCUUUGUCUAUAUAAAUGUAAAAUUCCUUCACAAGCAUUAGCAGUGAUGAGCUGACGUGAGUUCCAGGGUGGCAGUGGGGCUGCUUGCAUCUCCCUAGUCUAGGGCUGCACACAUAAGAGUCCAGGGGCUGUGCAUUGUCCUCCAGAGGAUCUACACAACAACAACAUAUUGCAUUUAUAUAGCGCCUUUCACAUCGGGAGGAAGUCCCAAGUGCUGAAGUACACAGGUAAAGUCCUGGACUUCACACAGGUAGAGGGUGUACACAGGUAGUCCAGAGUGAAAUACAGGCAGUUUUCAUCCACAAAAUAUAAAGUCAAUUCACUUUACAAAAUAUUCUGUGAAGCACUUUGAGAUGUCUCAAAGAUGUGAUAAGGCGCUGUAUCAAAUGCAAGGAUUAUUUAUAUUACAUUCUAGUUCAGGGGCUGUGCCGCGGCUAGACUGGAGGCAGUGCACGGCCAGGCCACUUGCAUGGACAAGGGAUCAGUAUGCCUGGUCAGCCUCUGUCUAACUCAACAACAUUUAUUAUUUGUGGCAAGUUGAUUAUUUGCAGAUUCUCAAACUGGUGCUGAUGCUCUCUGCAUUAUUUCUGCAUCAAUCGAAGGGACUAUUUCAAACCCAUUGAUUUGCACUGAGAAGGGGAGAGAAGCCGGCUGCUCUUGUGCGCUGCCUAGUGGCUGAUUCAUGAAUUGCAUUGGUGGAGGCUGGGCUGGAAGACUAUGGUGGCAGGUAGAAAUGAUAAGAGCGAAUAGACUAACACAAUAUAAUGAAAUCUUGACUACAUUUACACACACGUCUCAGUCUACACUGAUGUAAUCAAAAUAAAUCGGUGCAGAGUUUGAACAAAUAUCUGAGAUGCCUGACAAAUCUGGAUUAUUUACUGAAAUCCUGGCGUUAUCCUACACACAACUGAGGGAGCAUUUCAUAUCCACACAAGCAUUGUUACAUAAUAGUUCUAGCUUUGAAAUAGACCAAGAAAAGCUUUGUUGUCCAUCGUUGAGCUGAGAGUGAGCUGGGCUCAGUCUCUGGCGAAUGCAGAGGUCUGGAUUCAGAGGGUUUCAUUAGUUUUGGGUCAGUGGACUUUUUCACUUAAACUGCAGUGAAGACGCUUCUAUUGGUAUGAUAAAUCAUUCCUUUUUUUAAAAAAAAUCCCAAACCCUUCAUCUUCUAGAUUCUGGGAUUUAUAAACCAGGGUUUUAAAGUCAUGUUAAAAUUGUAUGGAAUACUGGCUAGGUUGCAUUUGGAAAUAUUGUGUUCAGUUCUGGGCUCCCUAUUACAGGAAAGAUGUCUUAGAGUUGGAGAGGUUGAGAUGCAGAGUACCUAGCAAGAUACUGAAGAGCGGCUGGCUUUUUGUACACACUGGAGCAGCAGAGAUUGAAGGGGGAGAUGAUAGAGGUGUUUGAGGUUCGAAAGGGUUGUGACAAGGUACUUGUGAUCCCAUCUGUGCGGAUUAUUGUUGUACCAAGCGAUGUCUAGGCUAUUCGUAAGCUCUAUGAGAGAUUUGAUGCAAACUCUAAACUUACAGAUGCAUUGGGAGUACUCAGACCAUUGCUAUGGUGUCAGCUUGGCUCAGGUUGUAGCUCUCGCCGAGUGAGUCAGAAAACUGACACUCCCAGUACAAAGCUGAGAAUGUGUUGCGUCCAGGCUUGGGACCUCACUGGAGAACAACAAAAGGCCCAUCAAGCCUAUAUUUGCAUUAGCUCGCCACUGGAGUCAACUCAAUAUUAGCUUCAUGUUAUUUGUAAAUCCAACUGCUUCCUCGUUUCACUGGUGAGACCUUUAUGGAAAACAUUGAGUCCAUCUAACAGGUCUCGAAAGUUUUUUUUAAAAAAGGAAACUUAAAAUAAUAUGAAGAGGUAAUUCCUUGCUGCAGCUCAGCUGUUUACCUGUCAGAUUUAUUCUGCAAGGAUAAUAAAUUUGAUUUGUCAAAAUGUUUCAAAGCAA